CUUUGCUCCAUGAUAAAAUAAAAGUGUUGUGAUAUGAGGUCACAGCCGUGGAAUUUUCCCUGUUAUACUGAUUUUCCAGGAUUGUCUGGCUUUGGUUUCCUACAUGUACACGUAAGGAUCCUUUCGUUUGUCUGCCGAAGAUUUCUUGCCAAGGUACUUUUGAUUUGAAAAUGCACCACACAUUUCGUGGCGUUUUUUUCACACAGCUCUUCUUCAUUUCUUCAUGUCUUCCAGAUGAUGUCAUCGGAGCACCUGACCUGUGGUUGGCUGCAGCAGCUGCUCGUUGUUCUUCUGAAGCUGGGCCUCGCUCUCGCUGGGCCUCUGCGAUCACCUGACGGGACUGGAUGCACAGCCAAGGGUCCUGCUUCUUACAUCCUGGUCUUUACGGGUCACUGGAGCCCACAGGCCUUCCCCAAGCAGUAUCCACUGUUCCGCCCCCCCGCACAGUGGUCCAAGCUCAUAGCGGUGAGCCACACUCGUCAUUUUCGGUUGUGGGAGGAGGGCGCCCCAGCCAGUGCAGGGGUGCAGAUCUUUGCUGAACUUGGGCUGACGGUGGAGCUGAUGAAGGCGGCCAAGGAGGCCAGGAAAAGACGCACGGUUGGCGCCAUGUACCGAACGGCCGGCAUCCCUGACGGCAUCGGGCACAGCUCCACGGAGUUGCUCAUGCAGCCCCGGAGCUCACUGUUGUCUCUGAUGGUGAAGCUGAUCCCCAGCCCUGACUGGUUUGUCGGUGUGGACGGCAUAAAUCUUUGUGAGGGCAGCCAGUGGAAACAGGAAGUGACCAUUGACCUCCAGCCGUAUGAUGCAGGGACGGACAGCGGAUUCACUUUCUCCUCUCCCAACUUCCCCAGCAGUCCCCCAGAAAAUAUCACAAUGAUCACAUCUCAGAUGCCAAACCACCCGGCCAACUCCUUCUACUAUCCACGCUUAAAGGAGCUUCCACCAAUCGCCAGCAUAAGGAUCACCCGACAGAACGGAUCACCUGGCCAUCAAUCCCCGAUGUCCAAUCACAUUCUGCCCAACUCUAUCAACCCCCGGCGCUUCUCAGUGACACCACUGGACUGUGAAGUGUCUCUCUGGUCCUCCUGGGGUUGGUGUCUAGGUCCCUGCUCCAGAGGUGGUGUUCGUCACCGCACGCGUUACAUCCUUUUGCGGCCGGCCAAUGCUGGGACCCCCUGCCCUGAGCUGGAGGAACAGGCUGAGUGUGUCCCACACAGCUGUAUGAAACUCCAGUAACCCACUGAGUGCACUGUUACAGACGCUGCCAGUAUUCAACACUGACUCUCAUGUUAUUACUGCUGGACUGAGAAAUGUUGCUGCAUCUCGAGCAUCUUCUUGAUAAUGCAGCGGGUUGUUUUGUCUAUGCUACAGCCAGAUUGGGGGGAAUUUUAACCUUGCUGCAUUGUCGGUGGAGCACAUUAUCUUUUAGAGUGUACGCUCCUCCAGGUGUAUUUGAAUGAAUUCUUUAAACAAAGCGACUGUUACACAUUGCUCUGGAAGGACAAUAGAAAUGCUCACAGGGAGACGCACAGCCUUCGUUCUCUCACAAACUUUUACGAGACCUAUCAUUGUUUGUUCGUUUCCAACCAUAUAUGUAUUUAAAGUUCAAAUGGAUAGCGGCACAACAGAGUCAAAAAUGUACAUCUUGAACAUGUGCACACAGAAAUGUUCACACAAAGGUCCUUGCACAUACUGCACACAUUCAGGCAUUAGUUUACAUAGGUAACAUAUCCAUGCUUGACACGUGCAGCUCUUUCAAAAAUAACCUCACACCCUGAUUUUUAAAUAUCACCUUCCGCAAACAUACAAAAAUGGAUAGAUGGCUUAAAGCAUAGGGCCAGUAUGAAGACCCAUUUUGUAACAAGAUGCAGGUUUUUAUUAAAAAAGUAAAGAUAAACAUUUGUUUUAUCAUCUCUUUUGAUAUUUUAAUGUUGAUAUUUUGUAUAUACUGUAUAAUGUUUCUUAUCUUGUAUAAGUCAUGAAUAAAUAUGGAAGUGUUUUUCAGUUGGAAGACAUCUGUGCUGAUGUGUUACCCUGUAUAACUUUGGAUUUGCAGUAUGUUUUAUGUAAAGGCAAAGUUUGAAUAUAGAACUCUUGUAAAGCCAAAUGACAUUCUGUAUUUGCAUUGUUCCAGUAAUACAAUUCGACUUCUCUUUAUUUGAACUCUCACAGCCUGAGAGCAGAAAAUACACAGCUGUAAAUAUCACAGUAUGAAAAGGUUACGAUGCCUUACAUUCACCAAAAUAGAAGUGACUUAUUUAUAGAUGAAAUUUAUAUGUAUUCUCCUGCUUGUCCUACAGCUUGAUAACCCAGUGUUUCAUGCUUUAAUCUUGGUGUUUGACAGAAUCAUAUAAUACAGUAAUGUCUAAAUGAACAUGCCGUAAGUGCUCACUGGGUGAAAUCAAGUUUGUAUCAGUGUAGCACCGCCUAGUGGUCAUGAUAAACAACUCAAG